AUGGAGCCCCAAGGUCAGCAUGGCAGCGGUGGUUCACUGGUGGUGAUUCAGCAGCCCUCCUUGGACAGCCGGCAGCGGUUGGACUAUGAGAGAGAGAGCCAGCCAACAACUAUCUUGUCGCUGGACCAGAUCAAGGCGAUCAGGGGCAGCAACGAAUACACCGAAGGUCCGUCUGUGGUGAAAAAAUGCGGUCCGCGGACAGCACCAAGGCAGGAGAAGCACGAAAGGACUCACGAAAUUAUACCGAUUAAUGUGAAUAAUAACUACGAGCACAGGCCCAGCCAUGUGGCGCAUCAGCAGAACGCGAGGGCUCCCGUCCUGAGCCGAUCCACCAGCACGGGCAGCGCGGCCAGCUCGGGGAGCAACAGCAGCGCUUCCUCGGAGCAGGGUCUGCUGGGGCGGUCGCCUCCCUCCAGGCCGGGCUCGGGCCACCGGCCCGACCGGACAGUCCGGACGCAGCCCAAGCAGUCGUCUCUGAUUGUGGAUGAUCUGAAGGGCCCUUUGAAAGAGGACUUGACGCAGCACAAGUUUAUCUGCGAGCAGUGUGGGAAGUGCAAGUGCGGCGAGUGCACGGCGCCGAGGGCUCUCCCGUCUUGCCUGGCCUGCAACCGGCAGUGCCUGUGCUCUGCGGAGGGCAUGGUGGAGUACAGCACCUGCAUGUGUUUGGUCAAAGGGGUCUUCUACCACUGUUCGAACGACGAUGAAGGGGACUCUUACGCGGAUAAUCCCUGCUCGUGUUCCCAGGCACACUGCUGUUCUAGGUACCUGUGCAUGGGAGCCAUGGCCUUGUUUCUGCCUUGCUUGCUCUGCUACCCCCCUGCAAAAGGAUGCCUAAAACUCUGUCGAGGGUGUUACGACCGCAUCAAUCGUCCAGGUUGCCGAUGCAAGAACUCAAACACGGUCUAUUGUAAACUGGAGAGCUGCCCCUCCCGGGGUCAGGGCAAGCCCUCAUGAUUUUUGGAGGGAGGUUUACUUCCUCCAACUUCAGUUUUUCAGGUUGUAGCUGUUUGUUUGUUGGUUUGUUUUGUUGGUUUUUUCCCCCUCUCCUCUGCCAUUCGGGGGGGAGCUGUUCUUUUACUUUCCUUUCUGUCUCCCCCACUUCAAAUACACAAGUUCUUCCCUUUGCAUCUUUGCUGUCCUCUUCCUGUUGACUUGGCUGAGUGUGGAGCGUUUUACAUAGUCGUUGCUGCUCUUUGGUAAGUGUAGACCUGGUAUCUGCAUCUGCCGCUCACUUUGGCAGGGUCUUUUGAGUUUGUAACUGAACCACUCCUGAAAGAGACAGUGAGGGCUCACUGGGCUCUUGAAGCUUCUUGCUCUGUGAAUAUCUUCCCAAAGAUGUUUUUCAUUCUCAGCAAUUUAUUUUUAUUUUUUUUCCUUAACCCCGUGGCUACCAAGGAAGAAUAACAUUCAUGAGGGAGCUGAAAUUGUGAAAUAACUUUUUGUGUGUUUUCUUUCUGGAGAGGGAUGUAAAAUAAAGGCUUUACCAAAUGAAAGGCCUGACCCUUAUAUAAGCAGCCUGCUUUUUUUUUUUUUUUUUUUUUUUUUUGCCUUAUCCCCUCACCCCCUCUUUUGUCUUAACUUUUGGAACAUUCUCAGUCCUGAGAAUUACCUUGCCUCCUUUUUUUACAUUUUCAGUGUCACUUCAGUUUUUGCUACACUAUGUAGAUCUUCACAUUGGAGACAUUAUGGCUGCAACAUACUCAUUUGUUUCUUUUGCUGUCAGAUCUUUGAAGGAUAUUGCUCGCUUCACCCUCCUACUCCUGUUUUUAUAGUCUUACCAGUAUAAGUUGAUAUUAAAGUUGGUGGUGUUCAUAUAUCCAAACAGCUUUCAGGUGUCAUUGAGUCACCUAAACAUUCUUGAAUCCUUAAAGUUUCUCGUGAUCCUUUGGUUUAGUGAAUUUAGCUCUGCUUUGUACUUUAUAAUUUUAUUCUGUCCCUGUUUUAUUGCCUUAGCCACAAAUUGUGGUCCUUUUUUGUAUAUUUUAUGUAUAAAACACAAAGUUGAAUCCCAACUAUUUUUAAGACAAAAGUCUGUUAAAACUUUUUUUAUUGUAAAGAAUAUUUAUUAUGUGAAUCUCUAUUAUUUUAUGAUAUUUAUUGCAAAAGACUUCGAAAAUGUACUCAUGUCUGAAUAUAACAAAAUAUCAAUACUUAACGAAAUAAGGAUGACACGAAGAAAGUACAUAUGUUAACUAUAAUGCAGAAAAUAUAUUAAUUAAUGAAAAUGGCUCUUGAGUUCUUUUGUUACAAUGACAGGUUGUGAGCUACAUACGCAUAUUGCUGGGUUGCUGGGGUUUCUCCUCCUUGCAGUCUGUCAGGUAGCAAAUAACUUCCUAUUGAUACUCCAAAACCACUAGUCUGUGCUCUAGUUUAGUUUACCUAACUUUAAGUUUGCUAGCUAUAUAUCCAGUAAGUUUUUGCUAUGGGCUAUUUAAUACAAUGGAAUGUAUACAUUGUGCUUAACAGUGCUAAGAAGCAUAGGCCCUAAUUAUUUACCAAAGCAUUUGGAAAUACAGUUGUGGAGGAAGAAACCAUAACCUCAAGGGUUUUUUGUUUCCUAUAGAAAUUUACCAAAUUAACAUGUAAACCUGUUUAAAAUUUGAUUAUAUAGAACUUCUUGGCCAGUUAAAUUGUACAUCAAGUGAAGUAAUGAGUCUACCAAGCUCAAAUCUAAAUAAAAAGCAAGAGGCAGGAUAAAGAAUAA